GAAAUGGUGAAAACUAAAUCUGGAGAGAGGCUAAAGCAGAGACAGAGGAAAGGGUUCUGGUCACCUGAAGAAGACGAGAAGCUAAGCAGAUUCAUCCUCUCUCAUGGCCAUUCUUGCUGGACCACUGUUCCCAUCAAAGCUGGGUUACAAAGGAAUGGGAAGAGCUGCAGACUAAGAUGGAUUAAUUACCUAAGGCCAGGGUUAAAGAGGGAUAUGAUUAGUGCAGCAGAAGAAGAGAUUAUCUUGACGUUUCACUCUUCCUUGGGUAACAAGUGGUCGAAGAUUGCUAAAUACUUACCAGGAAGAACAGACAACGAGAUUAAAAACUAUUGGCAUUCUCAUUUGAAAAAGAGAUGGCUCAAGCCUCCAUCUAUCUCCUCUUCUUCUGAAUCAAAUGUUUCUUGCGGAGAAAGAAACCCACAAACCUUGGUCUCAAAACACGUCAUCUCUUUCCAGGGAGCGCCAGAGAAGAAAACUUCAUCUCCAUCACAAGAAAGUAAGGGCAACAACAACAACUAUCCAUGUUCUUCUGGUCAUGAGAUUCCAACGCUUUUCUUCUCCGAGUGGUUCUCUUCCUCAGAUUCCCAUUUUGAUUAUUCCUCUGAUGUGACAGACUCUAAGCACAAUCAAGCUCCAAGUAUUGAAGGGUCUGAAUCAUAUCACCAAGAAUCAGGUGAUGUUGAUCAGUUCCAUUACAACGAAAUGAUGAUUAACAACAGCAACUGGACUCUUGACGACGUUGUCUUUGGCUCAAAGUGUCAGAAGCAGGAGCAAAAAAUUGAUAGAGACGUUUCAGAUUGUAACUCUUCUGUUUUUUUCUUUUCUUCAUCUACAAUGACGUAACUAUGUUAAGUCAAAACUAAUGUAAAUCAAAUUUGUAAAGGAAAAAAAAGUUGAUGAUGAAAUG